ACGCCGGAAGAAUUCUACAGAGAAAACGCAUCGUAUUCUCAGCCGACAAAAUUCACGCAGUCCUUUAGCAAUGGAAAACUUUGGGAUUUGUUCCGAGUAAGUGUGUGUGUGUUUGGUAGUAUCCCGUUGUAUCUCCUUAUCUAAAUAUGUAUAUAUGCAUAUAUGGGGUUCUGUGUAUAGAGUUUGUUUCCUGUUUUUUUCAGAAGCACGGACAAACCUUGCGAUGCCAACGGCAAAAGUAUUAAAAGUAUUCAAGAUGAUGAAAAGGUUGUUUUCGAAAAUCCUUUGUAUGAAGAAUUCAAAACGUCCCAAAUGUGA